UUUGUUUGGAAAUGUAAUCCAUAUACAUUCCCUACCCCUAAACCCAACAAUAAAUGUAAUUACUCCCCAAAUCCCAAAGAAAUAUUAAUAAUAGUUUAGGUGAAUUUAAUAAAUAUUAUCAACAAUGAAUUUAGCCUAAACUUAACAUAAACUGUAAAAGUUUCCCCUAAUUCCGAUUGGCUGAAUAGAUGUUCCAGGAUCAACAUAGACGUUAAUGCACAUGCCCUGGUGAAAUCAGGUUGGCGGUCAUAGCCUUUCUAUCAUUACUGUCAUAAACACUCUGGACAAGAUCACAAAAUACAAAAUCACUGUACGUAAAUCCAGUCAGAAAUAAUAUGAUUUGAUCUUUGUUCUAACACGAACUAAACUAAGGAUAUGUAUGAACUACAGUUAGCUUUACAAAAUAAAAAAAAACUACAAUUGGCGCUGUUUUGAUUUUUUUCGUCUCGCCUCGAUGACGUCACCAUCGGCGCCUUCACGCGCUGUUGUGUUCCGAGCUGAGCGCAGCUGACUGAAUCGGACAUUUAGCUAAACAGAUAACGAUACAAAAAGUGAAGAAGAGUUUGUAAAAAGGACACUGGCAACAUGGAUGGUCCAGAAUCCUGCAGAAUAAAACAUGAAGAUGCUGAAGAAUUAAUAGACCUGAUGGAGGAGAACGGGGAGACUGGAGAACAGCUUGAAGCAGUAGAGAAACAUCAGGACACACAUGGACAAAAAUCCACGAGUCUCUCUUUCCAAAGCAGACCUGAAGUACACUUCACAUGCCCUCAGUGUGGAAAGAGUUUCUCAUGUGAACAAAGUCUCAAUCUUCACAUGAAGUUUCAUCGAGGAACAAAGCCGUAUGAGUGUGAUCAAUGCGAUAAGAUAUUCACACUAAAAACAAACCUUAAUGAACACAUGAAAAUUCACAAUGUAGACAUGCUGUACACAUGUGAUCAGUGCGGGAAGAGUUUUCUGCUAAAAGAACGCCUUAAUAAACACUUGAAAAUACACACGGGAGAAAAGCCGUUCACGUGCGAUCAGUGUGGGAAGAAUUUCCUCCAUAAAGGAUACCUUACAGAGCACAUAAAAAUCCACACUGGAGAGAAGCCGCACACGUGUGAUCAGUGCGGGAAGAGAUUCGCAUAUAAGGGAAACCUCACAGAUCACAUGAAAGUCCACACUGGAGAGAGGCCUUAUGCAUGCGAUCAGUGUGCCAAGAGAUUCAAACACAAAGGAAAUCUUAUUGAACAUGUGAAGAUUCACACAGGAGAGAGGCCGUACUCGUGUGAUCAGUGCGGGAAGAAAUUUAAACUCAAACACAUCCUCAGUGACCACAUGAGAAUCCACACCGGAGAGAAACCCUUCACUUGUGAGAAAUGUGGGAGAAGUUACACACGAAAGCGGAAUCUUUCCGAUCACAUGAAAAGCCACACUGGCGUAAAGCUGCACACUUGUGAUCAGUGUGGGAAGAGUUUUGUGAAGACAGGUGUUUUUAAAGUACAUCUGCGUACUCAUUCGAGAGAAAGACCUUUUAACUGCGACCAAUGCGGGAAAGAUUUUCUUAGGAUGGGCACUUUAAAAGUACACCAGAAAAGACACAGCGGUAUAAAGGAUCAUAUUUGCUCCGAGUGUGGAAAGACUUUCUUUAGAGAUUCUGAACUGAAGGUGCACCAGUCAGUUCACACCGGAGAGAAACCUUUUAAGUGUUCACACUGUGAGAAGACGUUCAAACGGGCUGAGUAUAUGAAAAUGCACAGAAAAAUCCACACCGGAGAGAAGCCGUAUGAAUGCGAGAAGUGCGGGAAGAAGUUUAGGCAUAAAGGAAACUUUAACGAUCACGUGAAAAACCACACACGAAUCAAACCCUUCUCUUGUGAUCAGUGCGGGAAGUGUUUCAGACUCAAAGAUAACUUCGAUGACCACAUGAAAGUCCACACCGGAGGGAAUCCACAUACGUGUGCUCAAUGCGGGAAGACGUUCAAACAGAAACAUGUUCUCAAUGAACACCUGAUAAUCCACACCGGAGAAAAGCCUUUCACGUGCGAACAGUGCGGGACGAGUUUCACAAGAAAACGCAACCUUGCUGAUCACAUGACAAUCCACACUGGAGAAAACCUGUAUGCUUGUGAUCAGUGUGGGAGGAGUUUCAGACAGUCGAGAGUGUUAAAAGAGCAUUUGCGGACUCAUUCUAGCGAAAGACCGUUUAACUGUGACCAGUGCGGUAAGAAGUUCUUCAAGGCGGACGCCCUGAAGGAGCACCUGACAGUUCACACACAGGAGAAGCCGUAUGUGUGCUCUUUCUGUGCAAAGGCUUUCAGGCUGAUUGGUAAUUUGAAAAUACACGAGAAAACACACACCGGUCAAAGGAAUCACAUUUGCUCUGAAUGCGGGAAGACUUUUUUUACUGUGUCCGCACUGACUCUGCACACCAGAGUUCACACUGUUGGAAAACCGUAUAAAUGUUCACACUGUGACAAGACGUUUAAACGGCCGGAAUGUCUGAAAAUACAUUAUAGGGUUCACACUGGAGAGAGGCCAUAUCACUGUCGCUCAUGUGGGAAGAGGUUCAUUUAUUUGUCUAAUCUGCAUCAGCAUUUGAAAGCAGCAAAGUGUAAGAAAACACAAUAGCUCUGUCUCAUUUCAGAGGAUGCAUCCUUCGAAGGAUGCAUUCGAAGUGCGCUCAUUUCUAAAAAAAUUCAAAGGCUCCUUUAAACGCAGCCUCCAAAUGCAUCCUUAGUUUCCCAGAUAAUGGACACAACCGGUGGAUCCUUCUCCUGUCCCAAGAUUCCAAUAUGCUGUCAAACUGAAAUCAAAAAGAGGUAACCCAACCAAUUGUAUGAAGACAGACCCAACUAUAUCAGUCCUUUUGGAAUUCGUAUGAAACCCCACCUGAAGAAUAUGGGUGUUACUAUGGAAAAGCUUUCACACUCCUUGGUGCAACUCAAAAAUAAGAAUCUUAUGGAACUUAACAAAACAGAAGAAGUUCUCCACUCACCCAAAUGAAUACAAACAAGAAGUCAAACAAAUAACAGACAGUCUCCCUCAUCAUGAAACCAUAUAUACAGAUGGAUCGAAAACAGAUAAAGGAGUAACAGCAGCAGUAGUGUUUAAAUAUGAUGUCUUUGGUACUCAGAUUUCAGGAGAAAGUUCAAUUUACACAGCAGAAGCGUAGCAAUAAAUAUGGCUUUAUAACAAAUGGACAGGACACAGCAUCAUAACUUUUUAAUCUGCACAGAUUCCCAAAUUCGGUCUUCCAGCACUCAAAGCUUCUAAGUGUGAUCACCACAUAAUGUCCAUGAUUGUAAAGAAAAUGAAAACACUGUAAAGUCAGAAGUUCAACAUUAUCUUCUGUUGGAUUUCAGGUCAUAUGUGACUACAUGGAAUGAUGGCAGAUGAAGCAGCAAAACAGGCUAUCUCCUUGAAUGUGACCGAAUGUUUAAUUCCUCCUGAGGACUUGAAACCCACUAUCAAUUUGUACAUAAACAAAGCAUGGCAAAGGGAAUGGGACAACUGAAAAAAUAAUAAUUUACAUGAAAUUAACCCAAAAAUAAAUAAAAAACAUUUAGCAAAUUAUCAUUUUGAGACCAGGCAUGAUCAGAUGGUCGGUUGACACAUUUAUAUUUACUGAAUAAUGAAGAAUCACCUAUAUGUAAUUUCUGCCAGGCUGAUCUUACCAUCAAACAUAUUUCUUUGGAAUGUAGAAGUUUAAAUUCCAUUUGACAAUUUAAGGAGAGUACUUUGAUGGACAUUUUUAAAAAUGUACCACCAGGAAGAGUUUUAAAUUAUUCAUCAAAAAUUAAACUGAAAAAUCAUAUUUAACUUUGAAUACAUUUUUGAUUAUAAAUCAUUGACUUCUGCUGUCUUUGUUAGUUUUAAAAACACUGAUUUCUACACAUCUUGUAAAUGCGUUUUUGCAUAUCUUUCUUUUCUUGGCAUAUAGAGUAAGCCACUGCACUGUUCUGGUCUAUAGCAUGCUUGGAUGUUGAUGCAUAAAUUACUUGUUUUUCAGAUGUUUAAUGAAUUGUGGACUUAUCAGGAGCUUUUGAUUGUAGUGGGUUCUUUUCUGCUAGAAGAGAAAAAAAGUAUAAAAAAAUUGUUGCAAAUUAACACAUUAAAAUCGUACAGGAAUGGUAUAACAAAAAACUUUAGCGGUUUUAAAACCUUGACUUUUCCAAACUGGUAAACCUUAAAAAACUGUUAUGGUCCCAUGCCUGGCUCAGUUACUGGUCCAAAAAAAAAAAAAAAAAAAAAAAAAAAAAAAUGAAAAGCAGUUACUUUAUCUAAUUUGUUGUCAUUUGUUGAUGUGUAGCAUAUGAAAUGUGUAAAUAUGAUACCUAUUGUAAUUUCUAUUUAUUCAUCUCAAUCAUAUAAAAACAGAUAUUUAAUUAAUUUUAAUCGUACAAUUUUUAAUGGAGCUCUGAAAAUUUGUUUUGAUCUGAGCUUCAACUUUACAGAUUUAACAUUUCCUUAAGACAGAGGUUUUCCACUUUUUCUGUAAAAGAGUUGUAAAUGUUUCAAAAAUAUAUGCGUUUAUAUAUUUUAGCAAGUAAGCCCAUCAUGUAUGAAAAAAGUGACUUUCCUUUAUGCCAUACUUUAUUUUUUAAAAGAAAUGUCACAAGAUUGUAAUAUUUUUAAAAGUAACUUUCCCCAACACUAAUAAACUUUAACAUAUAUUAAACUCUUCUUAUUGUUAUCAGUACCAAGGCUCCACAAUCUGUUUAUAGAGAAAUUGAAGAAAAAGCACUUAAGAUGUACGAGUUUUUUGUUUGUUUGUUUUCUAUUCUUGUAGAUAUGAAUUCACAGUAACAUAAAAUUAAACUAUUAAGAAGACACUUAAUAACUGUAAAUAAAUUUAAAGAGCUUCAUAUGAACUCAAAAUGCAUUGUUUCUGUCAUUUAUCUACACAUGAAAUAAAAAUAAAAUAUAUUAUUUUCAUAAA